AUGGCCAAGCAAAAGGAUCUCAAGAGCAAGCCAGUAAAGCCGCUGACAGCCUUCUUCAUUUACUUCAAAGAGCAGUCUGUGGGCAUGACAGAGAAAUCUACAAUCGAAAAGGGCAGGAUUUUGGGACAGAAGUGGAAGGAGCUAUCAGACAAGGAGAAACAGCAUUACUAUGACAUCUAUGAGAAAAACAUGAAGGCAUAUAGUACUGAUAUUGCUAACUGGUAUCAUGCGCAUCCAGAGGAUAAGAUUGCAGAUGAGGAGAAAGCCAUGAAUGCCAAGCACAAGAAUAAGACCAAGCAGAGCAUUGCCAAAGAGAAAGAAGUCGCAAUGUUUUUUGCCAUAGGACACAUGCGGAAGCACGCAAUGCUCACCGGGGACACCCUUGAGUACAACGAGAAGCUGGCAAAGAUCCUCAAGUCUCGCUUCUACAUGCUCAGCGAUGCAGACAAGCAUGUAUGGGAAAAGUUCUGGCAUAAGAUGGACCCAACCAAGCAAGAGGAAAUUGUUGGUCUUUACAAGUCGUGGAAGGGAGUAAAAAGCUCUACUAAAUAG